UAUAAGAGGAGGCUCUCGCAGGAUUUUCAUUCAAACAGCGUUUGUUUUCUCAGUUUAAAAAAAAAAAAAAAGACGUUUUUGUGUAUGAGUAAUUUUUCAUCGUGGAUUUAGUGCGUGCAUUGCACAAAAAUAAAAAGCCUUAUCAUUUCCACUGCAAACAUACAUUAUAAAACGAGGUCAUACGGAAUAUUCCUUUAAGUAUGUGUGAUAACAUCGUAGCCUGCACAGUUAAGACCCCAGUGGCCCUGCAGAUUGGGGAUGUAAAGACAGAUACAGCAAGGCCAGGUGUUUUUGUAAUUGAUGUUACCUUCCCACACAGUGUGAAUUUGCAAGAGAUCUCGUUCAAGAAUUAUUAUACUGCCUUUGUAAUGGUGCGGCUUCAGAAAGUGGACCCAGAGUCUCCAGAAAGUGCAGCUCAGUGGGUUACCUGCCUGCGUAAUCGCUGCCUCAUGCCCAGCCCGCACACCGAGGAAGGCUCGCAGGACUACUUCUCUAUCUACAGACAGCAGAUGCUAAUGGAGCCAGAUAACGUGACUUCAAUCCGUCUAAUUCUGAGACAGCCUUCUUCAGUGUGGCUAAACUUCUUCCUGGAAGACAUUAAAAUUACAGAGUGUGGCACUGAGAAUUCAGAGAAGAAUAUUCCGUCUUGGUUUUCCAACUUAACACCUGAGGAACAGCCCAUGAAUCUACAAGCUGGACUUCCUGACCCAGAGAAAGUUUCAUCCAGCAUCCAGCAGAUGUGGGCCUUAACAGAAGUGAUGCAGACCAAUCAGACAAGCGCACGCGUUGGCCGAUUUGAUGUGGAUGGCUGCUAUGAUAUCAACUUGCUCUCCUACACGUAACAUGGGCUUGUCCAACUGAAUGUGAGUGCGAUCGUCAAAAUGUAGAACGGCUCCUGUGAACAAGAACCAAGCCCCUGAUCAUGAGAAGUCUUGCGCAAUUAGUGUUCGCUCUACAAAUAACAUACAGUAUUUAAAGAUGCACUAUUUAUUGGCAGUUGCAUUGCAUUACUUGUUUCCCCUUUCAAAUGACUGAAAAUAAGUAAUUCAAUGUUGUAGCAAAUAUUGAAGGGAGUGGCACUGGAAUUUUACUUCUGUGACUCAAACUGGAUGAAAUGGUGUGCAGGGUCAGUGAACCUGAGCGAGCAUUUAGACCAUACGCUUGCUUAUAUUUUGUCCCCUUCUGGUCACAAAUCUCUACAGUGACCCCUGGUAUUAUCUGGGUUCAUGUGCCGUCUUCCCUUCUAUUACACAAUCAGCAAAUAUGCAUUGUACUGUACGUAUUUUCUGUGCAGCACCAUAUACAAUAGACGUGAAAUGAGUGUAGAAAAUACAGUGAUAUUAUAUACAUUUUUUCAACACGGGUCAUUAUGAUGCUGCUUUUACUUUAUAUAAAUACUGUACUGUGUGUCCCUACAUAUAGCUGCAUGGCAUCUAAAACUGCACAAUGACUAAUGCAAAUGUUAGAAGUAUCAAAUAUGUUUGACAUCAAAUACAUCUGUAAAAGCA